AUGGAGCCAGGUCUUAGUAUCAACAGCUCUCACAUGGUGGACUCCAUCCAUCUGUGUUAUGAGCAUGUCAACAAGUCCUGUGUCAUGACAUACGUCUUAUCUCCUGCUGUAAAAGGGGUUGUAUACAUCAUCUUUGGUUCCAUCAUUUUGCUCACUGUGGCUGGAAACAUGCUGGUUAUCAUCUCCAUCCUCCACUUCAAACAGCUCCACACUCCCACCAACUUCCUCAUCCUGUCUCUGGCUGUAGCUGACCUGCUACUGGGGGUUCUAGUCCUCCCUCCCAGCAUGGUGGUCACUGUGGAGAACUGUUGGUACAUGGGAGACAUCUUCUGUAAGAUCCACUCCAGCCUGGCCAUGACUUUGGUCACGGCUUCAAUCAUUAAUCUCUGUUUCAUUUCUAUUGACCGCUACUACGCAGUGUGUCGUCCUCUCCGAUACGCAAGGACCAUCACUAUUCAGUCAACUAUGGUCAUGGUAAUGGUGAGUUGGGGAGUGUCUGCUCUAGUGGGCUUUGGGACAAUAUUCCUGCAGCUCAACAUCCUGGGUGAAGAGGAGUUCUACUACGAGCAUGUGGUCUGUGAGGGUGGCUGUGGUGUGGCAUACCAGACUGCCACCUCUAGCGCUGUCUCCUCCUCUCUCUCCUUCUACCUCCCUGCACUCAUCAUGCUCUGCAUUUACCUCAAGAUCUUCCUGGUGGCCCAGAGACAGGCUCGCAGCAUCCAGAGCACCACCUUCCAGAACCAGAACUCUGGAGCUGUGGCCAGCAAGUCAGAGAGAAAGGCCUUCAGAACCCUGGCUAUCGUUAUGGGAGUAUUUUUAUGUUGCUGGACUCCUUUUUUUCUUUGCAAUGUUUCCGCUCCUUAUAUCAUAGACUCUAAUAUUCCUCGUUUGAUGAUAGUAACGUCUUCCAUUGGAUUCUCAAACUCAUUUCUCAAUCCCAUUGUGUAUGCUUUCUUCUACAGUUGGUUCAGGAGGGCAUUUCGGACGAUUGUCGUCGGUUCCAUAUUUCAGCCACAAUCAUCAAACACUAAAUUGGUAUCAGAUUAA